GGCGGGCGUGGUCGUGGGCUCGCGGCGGCGCGCAGUCCCGAGUGAAAGGAGAAGGAGGGGCACGGGGGUGACGGUGCGGGACCCACUGCCACUGCCGGCGAGUGUUAGGCGGCCAGGCAGCGCAAAGGAGGUGGGCCAGAGGCCCGGUCAGCUGCCCGGACCCUCCGGACCAACCCCAGGCCGAGCGGCGGCGGUUUCUGGCUAGGUGGGGAAGCGCUGCCAAGCCCCAGCAGAGGAAGAUGUUCAACGUGGAGUCGUUGGAGCGGGUGGAGCUGUGCGAGAGCCUUCUCACUUGGAUCCAGACAUUUAACGUGGAUACACCAUGCCAGACCGUGGAAGAUUUAACGAAUGGGGUUGUGAUGGCCCAGGUUCUCCAAAAGAUAGAUCCUGCAUAUUUUGAUGAAAAUUGGCUAAACAGAAUCAAAACUGAAGUGGGAGAUAAUUGGAGGCUAAAGAUUAGCAAUUUAAAGAAAAUAUUAAAAGGAAUCCUGGAUUACAAUCAUGAGAUUUUAGGACAACAGAUUAAUGACUUUACCCUUCCUGAUGUGAACCUUAUUGGAGAGCAUUCUGAUGCAGCAGAGCUUGGAAGGAUGCUCCAACUCAUUUUAGGCUGUGCUGUGAACUGUGAACAGAAGCAAGAGUACAUCCAAGCCAUUAUGAUGAUGGAGGAAUCUGUUCAACAUGUUGUCAUGACAGCCAUUCAAGAGCUAAUGAGUAAAGAGUCUCCUGUCUCUUCUGGGAAUGAUGCCUAUGUUGACCUUGAUCGCCAGUUGAAGAAAACUACAGAAGAAUUAAAUGAAGCUUUGUCAGCAAAGGAAGAAAUUGCUCAAAGAUGCCAUGAAUUAGAUAUGCAGGUUGCAGCAUUGCAAGAGGAGAAAAGUAGUUUAUUGGCAGAGAAUCAGAUAUUAAUGGAAAGACUCAAUCAAUCUGAUUCCAUAGAAGAUCCCAACAGUCCAGCAGGAAGAAGGCAUUUGCAACUCCAAACUCAAUUAGAACAACUACAAGAAGAAACAUUCAGACUAGAAGCAGCCAAAGAUGAUUAUCGAAUACGCUGUGAAGAGUUAGAAAAGGAAAUCUCUGAACUUCGGCAACAGAAUGAUGAAUUAACUACUUUGGCAGAUGAAGCUCAGUCUCUAAAAGAUGAAAUAGAUGUUCUUAGACAUUCUUCUGAUAAAGUAUCUAAACUAGAAGGUCAAGUGGAAUCUUAUAAAAAGAAGCUGGAAGACCUUGGUGAUUUGAGGCGGCAGGUUAAACUCUUAGAAGAGAAGAAUACCAUGUAUAUGCAGAACACUGUCAGUCUAGAGGAAGAGUUAAGAAAGGCCAAUGCAGCACGAAGUCAACUUGAGACGUAUAAGAGACAGGUAGUAGAACUGCAAAAUAGAUUAUCUGAAGAAUCAAAGAAAGCAGAUAAAUUAGACUUUGAAUAUAAGCGGCUAAAAGAAAAAGUUGAUAGUCUUCAAAAGGAAAAGGAUAGAUUAAGAACAGAAAGGGAUUCUCUGAAGGAAACUAUUGAAGAGCUUCGUUGUGUGCAGGCUCAGGAAGGACAGCUCACCACUCAAGGAUUAAUGCCUCUGGGCAGUCAAGAAUCUUCAGAUAGCCUCGCAGCAGAGAUUAUUACUCCUGAAAUCAGGGAGAAACUUAUUCGUCUUCAGCAUGAGAAUAGAAUGCUAAAAAUUAAUCAAGAGGGUUCAGACAAUGAAAAAAUUGCCUUAUUGCAGAGCCUUUUAGAUGAUGCAAAUCUACGCAAGAAUGAACUGGAGACAGAGAACAGGCUUGUGAAUCAAAGACUUCUAGAAGUACAGUCACAAGUUGAAGAACUGCAGAAAUCUUUACAAGAUCAAGGCUCAAAAGCAGAAGAUUCAGUUCUUCUAAAAAAGAAGCUUGAAGAACAUCUAGAGAAGCUUCAUGAAGCUAAUAAUGAAUUGCAAAAGAAGAGAGCCAUUAUUGAAGAUCUUGAGCCAAGAUUUAACAAUAGCUCCUUAAAAAUUGAAGAAUUACAAGAAGCAUUACGGAAGAAAGAAGAGGAAAUGAAGCAAAUGGAAGAACGAUAUAAAAAAUAUUUAGAGAAAGCCAAAAGUGUUAUCCGUACUUUAGAUCCUAAACAGAAUCAAGGAGCAGCACCAGAAAUACAAGCUCUUAAAAAUCAACUGCAGGAAAGAGACCGACUAUUUCACUCAUUGGAGAAAGAAUACGAGAAAACGAAGAGUCAAAGAGAGAUGGAGGAGAAAUGUAUUGUCAGUGCCUGGUACAAUAUGGGAAUGACUCUGCACAAAAAGGCGGCUGAAGAUAGACUAGCUAGUACAGGUUCAGGGCAGUCAUUUCUAGCUAGGCAAAGACAAGCAACCAGCACAAGAAGAUCUUAUCCAGGCCAUGUUCAACCAGCCACAGCAAGGUAGAAAAGUCUUAUCAUUAGAAAUAAAAAGCAACCUGCAUUGAAAGCAUACUUCUGUUACAUAUAACGACAUUUCAGGAAAUUCAGCCAGCUUACUUUUUGUUUUCCUUCUAAGUCAAUACUUAGUGUUUGUCAUUUGAGGACUUUUCCUCUCUUAGAUCUUUGUUUUAGUUUCUUUGUCCUUUAUUUGGUAGUCUUUUAAGUUCCUUUUAAUGUGCCAAAAAUUUAUAAAUGUCCAAUUAAAAGUGUUGUAUAAUAGUGUAAUUCUUUUCUUUGUAUGAAAAUGUCCUCUUCCCCAAUGGUGUAGGCUUUGUAUGAAUUAGAUUUUCUUCCAAUAAUUGAUAUACAAUUUAUAUUCUUUAUUGUGCCUAUGUGUUACCAUGCUUUAUAAGAAUGUCUUUGUUUAAAGGGAAUUAAUCUUUUUAUGAUGUAUUAAUCUGUGUUUUCAAUUSUUUUCCAAAUGCACUUCAAAUAACUUGCAUAUUUACUACACAAAAUAGUUGGCAAGUGCACUUUUUGCAAAGACUUAUACAUUGGCAGAGGUGCUAAUCAGAUCUUACUUGAGGCACCUGGCAGAAUUAAAAGAGAAAAAUGAGUUUUCACAUUGUUUUAUAGGAAAUUGAAUUUGUUCUAAGAUUUGGAGACAAUUUUUAAAUAUGUAAAAAUUUCA